AUGGGGCCCCCGAACUGCGUGUCACUCAUCUCCUCAGGAACCCCACUUGGGCUGCUGCUACUGCUCCUGACCGUGACGGCCCUGGGUCGCUCCUCUCUGCGGCUCUUGAACCACCCGAAGCCUGUCUGCUCCCAGCCAGGGCUGAACUGCAGAGUCAGAAAUAGUACCUGCCUGGAUAACAGCUGGGUCUACCCUCAAAACCUGACCCCCUCAUCCCCGAAAGAUGUCCAAACCCAUCUGCGCUUUGUCCACACUGAGGCAGGAGACCUAGUCCCUGUGGUUUACAUCGAAUGGACAUUGCAAACAGACGCCAGUAUCCUCUAUCUGGAGGGCGCAGAGCUAUCUAUCCUGCAGCAGGACACCAAUGAGCGUCUCUGUGUCAAGUUUGAGUUCCUCUCUAGACUGGAGCAUCAUCACAAGCGGUGGCGUUUUAACUUCAGCCACUUUGAAGUAGAACCUGGCCAGAAGUAUGAGGUGACGGUUCACCACCUGCCCAAGCCCAUCCCCUAUGGGGACCCAAACCACCAGUCCAGGAACAUCUCUGUGCCUGGUUGCAAGGACCCCAGGAUGAAGAUAACCACAACAUGUGUGAGCUUAGGCAGCCUGUGGGAUCCCAGCAUCAUGGUGGAGAGACUCGAGAACCACCAACUGCUGGUGAGCUUCAUCCUAUGGAAUGAGUCCACUGACUAUCAGAUCCUGCUGGACAGUUUUCCUCACAUGGAGGACCAUGCCUGCCUUGAGAACGGAAAGCGUAUUUCUGCGCCCGGACAGGAGGAUUUCCCCCAGCGGUACAAUGUCACAUUCCCCAUACAAAACUUGAACUGGUGCUGCCGCCACCGAGUGAAAAUCCAGCCUUUCUUCAACAGUUGUCAGAAUGACUGCAUCAGACACAUCAUGAACAUUAGCUGCCCAGAAGCUCCAGAAAUUCCAGAUUACAUGCCCCUGUGGGCGUACGUGGUCAUCACGGGUAUUGCCAUCCUGCUGGUGGCCUCUGUCAUCCUGUUCAUCAUCUGCAUGACUUGGAGAAUGUCUGGGUCUCAUCAUGAAAAAUGUAAUAAUAACUCCAAACAUACUGAUGUCCUGACCACAGCUGACCUGAAUGCCCCAACCCUGAAGCCACGGAAGGUCUGGAUUGUCUACUCAGCCGACCAUCCCCUCUAUGUGGAUGUGGUCCUAAAGUUCACCCAGUUCCUGAUCACUGUGUGUGGCACCGAGGUGGCCCUUGAUCUGCUGGAGGAACAGGUCAUCUCUGAAGUGGGAGUCAUGACUUGGGUAGGACGCCAGAAGCAGGAAAUGGUUGAAAGCAACUCCAAGAUCAUUAUCCUGUGCUCUCGGGGCACCAGGGCCAAGUGGCAGGCUAUCCUUGGCUGGGAAGAGCCUGCCAUCCAGCUGCGGUGUGACCGCUAUAAGCCUGCUGGGGACCUUUUUACGGCAGCCAUGAACAUGAUCCUACCAGACUUCAAGAAGCCAGCCUGCUUUGGCACCUAUAUCAUCUGCUACUUCAGUGACAUCAGCAGUGAGGAUGAUAUCCCCGACCUCUUCAACAUCACUUCCAGGUACCCACUCAUGGACAAAUUUGAGGAGAUUUACUUCCGCAUCCAGGACCUGGAGAUGUUUGAACCUGGCCAGAUGCACUGCGUAGGGGAGCUCACAGGGGAAAACUACCUGCAGAGCCCCAGCGGCUGGCAGCUCAAGAAAGCCAUGGAUCGGUUCCGGGAGCAUCAGACUCAAUGCCCUGAUUGGUUUGAGCGUGAGAACCUUUGCUCAGCAGAUGACCAGGAUCUGCCAUCCCUGGAUGAAGAGGUGUUUGAGGAGCCACUGCUGCCAUCAGGAAGAGGGAUCCUGAAACAGAAGCCCCUGGUACGGGAGCCUGCCUCUGAGGACUGUCUAGUGGUAGAUCUGAUUAUCAGCAAAGAGGAAAGAGAAGUCUCGAAGCUAGAACCUCAGCUCCAGCUCCAGAGAGAGCCAGCAGCCCAGACCCUCCAAACCGUGGUACUACCUGAGGACAGGGUCCUUCCAGCACAAGCAGUGCUGCUCAUGCCUCUCGCUGACAAAACUGGUAUAGCCAGCCGUCUGACUAUAAUGGAAGAAGGUGAGGCCUGCCCAUUGUUGGAGGCCCCUGGCCCACAGCGGAACGAUGUUCUUUUCCACCCUGUGGAUCCAGAAGCCUCACCUCUCUGCAGCACCCCAAUGGCAUCGCCUGACCACCUCCCACAAGAUGUAAGGGAGCAGCUUGAAGGCUUGAUGUUCUCACUUUUCCAGCAGAGUCUGAAUGGCCAGAUCCAGGAGGUCCUCAAAGACCCCCAUACACCUUACGAGGAGGAGCAGAGGCAGUCGGUGCAGUCUGAUCAGGGCUAUAUCUCCAGGAGCUCCCCACAGCCCCCCGAUGGACUUACAGAAAUGGAGGAAGAGGAAGAAGAAGAGCAGGACUUGGGGAAGUCAGCUGAGCAACUCUCUCCUGAGGCCCUAGAGAACCUGAAGAGCCUCCAGCAACAGCUCUUCUUCCAAGAGCUUCAGAAGAGCUCUGGCUGGGACAGUGUGGAGCUGGAGAGGCUGCCUGCAAAAUGGCAGACAUCUCUAUAG